GGCUUGAUAACAGACUAAAACCAAAGCACCAAAAUGACUGCAGUUGACGAAGUUGGAAAUCUGACGAUGCCUGGCUGUACUUAGAUUUCUUAUCCGAUACUGUCAUGUUUGUGUAUAGACUAGUUUAACAAAAUCAUUCAUGACUGCAGGUGGCUCGUGGCAAGCAAAAUGGCUUUCUCAUCGGUUUUCCGGAGAGUGAAUGUCAAAGGACUGAUCUCAAAUGCUUCAGUGUAUGCUAGCGCAACAGAAUCUUCUGGAGGAAUGAGCUUGGUGUUUAGACGCUGGGCCACCAAGAAGACUGCUGGAUCGACAAAAAAUGGCCGUGACUCCAAUCCCAAAUACCUGGGUGUCAAGAAGUUCGGUGGAGAGAAAGUGGAACCAGGAAACAUCAUUGUUCGCCAAAGAGGAUCGCGCUUCCACCCUGGGGACUAUGUUGGCAUGGGCAAGGAUCACACUCUCUUCUGCCUGAAGGAAGGCCAUGUUCGGUUCGAGCGCAACAAGCUGACUGGCAGGAAAUGGGUUCAUGUUGACCCUAUGGCUGGUCAUGUGCUCCACCCUGUCUACGCCAGUGGCUCGACUACUGCAGCUGACCUGGAUGCACAGUUGUAGGGACCAUGCAGUUGCUUAUGCUCUUCCAGCGGAUUCGCCGCUCCUGUGCUUGUCAUCAGCACCACCAAGUGCCUCUCAUUACACAAUGCAACUUGUUGCAGCAAAGAUGCUUGCGAGCAAGAAAUGCUGCUAUAAGUAGCUUCAGUGAGGAGCAGAAAUUUCAGCUUGAUUAAUGUUCCUUUUUAACAUCAGUUUCUUUGAGAUGCAAUGUUGGUUAGUUUCAUGUCUGUGGAAGUGUUGAUUACUUGUGGACCGGAAUUUUGUCAUUUGGUGCAUUUUUUGGAACCAUGAGCGUUCAACUAGAGGUCAAA